UUUGACCUUCCCACCCGCCCCGCUCGGCACGCUCCCGUUUGACAGGCUGUAUCGUUAGCUGAGAGAUGAAGAUCAUCCCGACGCGAGCAUGAAAUGUUUAUCCUGACCUUUUGACUUGGCUCGCCCCGCAGAUUACUGCCUGAGUAAACCAAGGGAACAAUGGUGAAGUAUUUUUGCUACGCAGGAUUGCUGAAAAGCACCUGGGACCAAGUUUGCAUUGCUUUCUGGCAGCGGUAUCCCAACCCCUACAGUAAUCACGUCUUGACGGAGGAUAUCAUCUUCCGGGAGGUGACGCCCGCCAACUGCCUCAUCUCCAGGCGUCUGUUGACCAAAACGAGCCGCGCACCGCGCUGGAUGGAACGCUACCUCCCAAAGCAGAUGUCCAGCUCGGCGUACAUCAUCGAGGAUUCCAUCGUAGACCCUCAGAAAAGGACCAUGACGACUCUCACGUGGAACAUCAGCCAUGCUCGCCUCAUGUCUGUGGAGGAGAGGUGUCACUACCAUGUUAACCCUGAAAACGGCGGCUGGACAGAGAUCACAAGAGAAGCCUGGAUAUCUUCCAAUGUCUAUGGGCUUACCAGAGCUGUUCAGGAAUUUGGUCUGGCAAGAUUCAAGACCAGCGUCACAAAGACGAUGAAAGGCUUCGAGUACAUACUGGCAAAAAUGCAUGGUGAAACUCCAUCAAGAACUUUGGCAGAAACUGCAACAGAGCGGGCAAGAGAGACAGCCCUGGCAGCUAAGGAGAAAGCAAAGGACCUCGCCACACACGCCCAAAAGAAACAAUUCGUAUGAGAAGCAGCACAGCUCCGUCGCCACCAAUCCCGGGACAGGUUUCCUCUCACACCUUCUCAUUGGUCACGCAAGCACUUCGUCUAAACUAACCGAUCUCAGGCAUGGCCGAACACCUCCGAGGGUGCAUCCGACUGAAACUAUGGGCGGACCGUGAAAGGCCUGAGCUGUGCUCACGGGCCCGAUGCAGCCUCCCCCAUCAUGUCACGUGUUUCCUAUACCUCUGCUGCCACAUCAUUUCAGUCUUUACCACAGAAGUCCUGGAAAUGAGUGUGAUGGCCUACACUGGAAGUGUUCCUUAAACCUCUGUGCCCACAGACGUUUGCUCCGUUCGUCUUGUUCUCAUUCACCUGUCUCUUACAAUCCAGCAUCAGCAUUACUUAAAAGAUUUGAUUGUUUUUGUUUGAUUCCGCUGUGUGUCGUUUCAGUGUCGUCUUGUUUUUGUUGAUCUGCUUCACCCCAACCAUAUCAUGUUUUACUAAGACUGAUCAUCUUGUUUCAGCUGAUGAGCAUCAGCUUAAGAAUGUUUCAUAUGGUUCGAAAUCGAAUAGAAAAAACUUCGGCAGUUGACAUUGUGAAGGCUGGAGAUAAUAGUCUUCCUUACCCUGUACAUGCCAUACAACCUAAGCAGUAAGUUCUUACUCUGUCAGAAUUUCAGCUUGCCAAUAAAUAUUUUCUAAUCAAAAAUGCAUGCUGUGCUGUGUUUCUUGUCAUUGUUAAUUUGGCUUAUUACUGUUACAGAGGGUUUCAAAAAGUCAAUCAUGGAAAUCAAAUUCAA